AUGCAAGCCCCAAUGCAGCCAGGUUUCCGGCCCAUGCCCCCGACCGCGCAUCGGUCCCCAGCCGCGCCCCGUCGUCCAGGCAUGCACGCCCCGGUCCAGCAGCAGAUGAUUCCUCAGCAGUACAUGCCGCGUCCUAUGCCCCACCCUAACGAUGCUGCCCUUCGUCGCAGCCGCAAGCCCACCGAUAAGAAUCUCCCGGACAACAUUGAAGACGUGAUCAUCGGCGAGGGCGUUCAGCAAUAUAAAAACCUCCGCGAUUUGGAAAAGCGAUUGGACGCGGCAGUCAUUCGGAAGAGACUUGAUAUUCAAGACUCUAUCAACAAGACAGUGAAGAAGUACCGGACAAUGCGCAUUUGGAUCACCAACACAGUCGAGAACCAGCCUUGGCAAGGAUCUGGGAACAACCCUGGCUCCGGUCGCUACAAGGUGCGCAUCGAGGGUCGGCUACUAGACGAUGAAACAGAUCCCACAGUCCCCGACGAGGAGGAGAAGGACGACGAUGCGAUGGACCACGACGGCGAUUCGGACAAGGCCAAGAAGCCCGAUUCAAAGAAUCAACCGCAGCGCUUCUCGCACUUCUUCAAGGCCAUCAAUAUCGAAUUUGACAAGCCUGUCACGGCAAUUCCUGAUGAGGUCAAGCCUGUGAACUGGACCAAGAAUAUCCCCCACCCCAACACACCCACGCCACCAAGCUCUGAAUUCGACAGUCUACAGUUCUCCCGGGCUUCACAGGAAAACUUGAAUGUCACUAUCAGUCUUGUCCGAGACGAAGUCCCAGAGCGAUACAAGCUGAGCAAAGAACUGGCCGAGGUUCUGGACGUCGAAGAGGAAACUCGAAGCGGAAUUGUGCUUGGAAUCUGGGACUAUAUUCGCGCAAUGGAGUUGCAGGAAGAUGAAGAAAAGCGCCAAGUGCGCUGCGAUCACCGCUUGCGCUCAAUCUUCGGACGUGAACAAAUGUUCUUCCCUCAGAUCCCCGAAAGUGUCGGCCCUCACACCAGCCCAAUGGAGCCAAUCAAGCUCCCCUAUACCAUCCGUGUCGACGAGGAAUUCAACAACAGUCCAACCCCAACCGUCUACGAUAUCCAAGUCGCAGUUGAGGACCCACUGCGCACCAAGAUGAUGGCUCUCACUCAAAACCCUGCUUACACAGCUGGUCUGCGCCAAAUCUCGUCUUUCGAUGACCAGAUUGCCCUUAUUGUUCAGGCUCUCACACACUCUCGGGCCCGUCACUCAUUCUACACAGCUCUGAGCAAAGACCCGGCCAACUUUGUUCGCCGCUGGAUCAACUCUCAGCGCCGUGACUUGGAGACCAUUGUGGGUGAAGCUACCCGUGGUGGCGGUGAGGAUGGCAGUGGGCCUGAGUUCCGGUACGGUGGUGUCGAUGGCCCUUGGGACUCUGAUGUUGCUAAGGAGGCUGUGCGGUACAUGCUGGCUAAGCCCGAGGCUCAGGCUGCAGCUGCUCGGUAG